AGGGGAGUGCGGUUGUUUGAAAAAUAAUAACGAGUCAAGAAAUAUGCUAUGUGCUGCAGCCAUCUGUCACUACAUUCGAGUGUGCCAAUGGGAUAAAGUGCAAACGCGCAAAGUAAAAGUUGUUGCCUGCCUUCCCUUGUGUGUAUGUGAUGUUUGAGCAUUUUUCAAACAUGCUCCCUAUGAGUAUGUUCAUGCUUCCGUGCGUGCGUGCGUGCGUGUUUUGCAAAAACAAAACAUAUAACACAACAACAGCAACAGCAAAAACAAAAAAACGGAAUGCUGUAGCUGUGCUCUCAGCAACUUCAGCCACGAUCACAUCCGCCAACCGGGCAGCGUCGCGUGAAUAUUGCACUGUGUGCUAAAAAUAAAUGAAGCAGAAGGAAUUCCGCCAGCGUCUUGCCAGCCGUGCCAAACCUCUCGCCGUUUGCUCGGCUUGACCCGCAGGGGCCACAGCCGGCCCCGAACCCUGGGUGCAAAAAGAAAAUAAAAUAAAAGUGAAUUUUCAUCAACCAUCCCUUUUUUCCGGAAGCGAGGCACCGAGUUUUGUGGUAAACAAAAUUGGGUCUAUUCACCACAACAACAACAGCAGCAGGAAACACACACACAUACAUGCGCACCCUAUGGCAUGGUGGUCCCUGGUGGUUGUGAGUAGUGCUGGCCGCGAAAAAGGUACUCCAGUGGUUCGCUUCCGGUGCUGUGUUUGAUUGUGUGCAGGCCCGCGGGCGCUCGGUGCGUUCCACCUACGCCAAAAAACCGCAAACGGAUCCAGGGCGGAAUCGAAACGUACUCUCCAUCCUGCAGAAUGUGUGGGACUUCCGGGUGCUAUGUAUGUAUGUGUGUGUGUGUGUGUGUGUUUGUGUGUGUGUGUUGUGUAAUGGUGUACGGAAACAGAUGGUUGGAGCGCAGCCUGUGCAAGCAGCAUCAAUAAAAACAACCCCGAUAACGACCAAAUAAUAGAACGAGCGCCCAAAAUUGGAUUAUUAAUUUGGCGAACGGCAGCAAUAGAUUAACAAAAGAUAAUGUGCGAUAGCGUUGAGUGUUAAUGGGUUCAGUGUAGUGGGUAAAUCAAAUAUCCAACGUUAAAGCAAAGUAAAACGAUGGUAAAAUAUGAAGAGAAAACAGUCGAUCGAGCGUGUGUAAAGAAAUGAAUUCUUUUACAAGAAAGAGCAUUCAAACCCUUAGAAAAAAUUGUGCCAACAGUGUGAUGAAAUACUCGUAACCGGAAUGGUUGUGACGCAAUGGCAAUACACGAAACAUUAAAUAGUUCGUUUAGUUGAAAUUAGUGCAUCGACAAAUGAAAUAUAGAUAUAGCCGUUCCAAAAGCAUCAAAACACUGACAGCGAAACCUAACGCACUUCACAGGGCCACACCCAGCCUGGUAAUGAAAUCGUCACCAGCCAUUUUAUGAAAGUGAAACAUUUCGCUGCAUAAAAAUCGAUCAUUAAAUGUCAAAUCAUUAACAUUACGGUGAAGAAGUAAUUAUAGAUAAUUGUGACACACAAAAAUCCGUUAAUUCCAGCAAUCAGCUCCCAGGCCGGACGGUCCAAAACCGGUCAGGCAGGAGCAGUAGCAGCAACAUCGCCUGGGACUUUUAAUCAUCGCCCGGUUCCGGAGAGUUGAUGCGAUUUCGCGCCUCGUAGAUGCCAUUUCGUUACGGUGUUGAAUGCUGAAAAUGACAUUCAAUGUGGUGGAAGUGAUCAAGAAGCAUUAAAAAACGGAAAAUUAAAACCCAUCGCUCCGAGCGUGUCCACUGUUAACGGCAGCGGCAGCGUGCCAUUUCACCGAAUGGGAAAUUAAUUCGAUGCCGUUCGGGUUUGCUGGAGUGAAGUAGUAUGCAAACGAGGUCCCGGCGACGGGCUAUGAGGGAGACCAGUGCAGUGACCGUACCUUGAAGGGCCGCUGGAACAAACGCUGUCACAAUACAAUGAAAGUCGAUCGUUUAAAAAUAAUCUUUAUCCCACCGCAUGGAUGUGUCACUCCGUAAUCUGAGAGUAAAGUUGACCAACGCAAAACAAAUUUUGUUGCGGUCAAAAAGGAUUAAAGUGCAGUGCUUGAACGGUGGUGCGAAAGGUGUGGAGGAAACCAUAAUGUGUGAAAUGUGCACAAUCGUGCGUUGAUUGGAGAUGGAAGUAAAACCGUACCCCAGUGUGCACCGGUUAAGAUGUAUUGCUUCAGCAUCCGAUCGUGUGGAAGCGGUAGGAAGUGAUAAUUGGAAGUGAAUAGUGCAAUUGGCCACGUUCUGUGCUGUGCAGCCCGACUGUGCACAAAUAAAUGGUGUCCGUGCGCUUUGGCUUUGUGCAGUUCGCGUGUUAUACUUUCGAUAGUGCAAUGUGCAGCAUCGGUCGUGCUGGUUGGUUUGUUUGGGAAAGUGUUAAUCGUUUCGUUGUUGUAAAUUAGUUCAAAACCGCAUUGAAAUGCAAGUGUACCGACGUUCGCAACACUGUUCGUCCCACCGAAAUACACACAAAACACAAGCCAUAAUGGAAUUAAGACAGGCUAAACCAUUGUCAGCAAACUGCUGCAGCUGGAUUAUUACGCUAAUGAUGCUCAUCACGUCACCAUCAUUGCUGUGCGCCGAACCCGAUACGCAAAUAUUCCGCGUGGACCCGUUAGCGCUACUUUCGGGAACGUUGCGCACAUAUCAACGGGCCGGCUGUGAUCGAGAGCUUGUCACAUUAAGUUGUCCCCGCGGCACGAGCAUCUCGAUCGAGAUAGCGCAGUACGGGCGGAGUGGCGAUGCAAACGAACGGAACUUGUGCCCGGCAAGCACGGAAGAUGCGCUCGAUAUCAGCAUACCGGGGACGGAAAUAGAGAUAAAGGCACCGGAAAGCUGCACCUGGCCAAACGCCUUGCAGUACUCGCUGCUUCAGACCGUCGUGGAAGCGUGCCAAAAGAAGCGCCACUGCAAGUUUCUCGCCUCGCCCAAAACGUUCGGCGGCGAUCCGUGCCCGGGCCAGCGGAAGUUCGUCGAGGUGGCCUACAAGUGCCGACCGUACGAGUUCCGGAGCAAAAUCGCUUGCGAAAACGAUGUAAUUCAAUUAAUUUGCAACCCAUACUCCCGGAUAGCAAUCUACAGCGCAAACUACGGUCGAACCGAGUACGAGAGUCUUCAGUGCGCGCAGCCGCAGGGUGUAAAGGAGGAAAAUUGUCUCGCAUCGUACGCCACGGAAACGGUGAUGCAAAAGUGUCACGGACGGCGGAAGUGCACACUCUCGGCGGACAGUACCACAUUCGGCAAACCGUGCCGGCCCGACUCGAGGAUGUAUUUAAAAGUUGUUUACACAUGCGUGCCUAGGAAGGUGCUGAAGGAUCGCUUCGAGGCUGCACCGGAACCGGACGAACCGCUGCAGAGUGACCUCGAGCAGGACCAGGACGAGCUGUACGAUGAGGAUCAGUUUUUCCGCGAGUCGGACGCGGCACCGCCCGGACCGGCACCGAAGCUGCAGGGUGGCCCAACGAAUGGUCGCGUUUCCGAUGUGCCCGGCUACGCCGGUACAUCGAGCAGCAGCAGUACGCCCGCUUCGCCGCCCCGCUCCAUCCACGACAUUAUGGACGAUAGUGACUUUUCGUUCGGAGAAAACCAGGAAAAAUUCUACCUUUACCUUAUCGUGGCCGUCACCGUCGCCAUCCUGCUCUGCGUGUCGAUCGUGAUCGGCCGGCUGGUGGUGCAGCGGCGCCGCACAGCGAAGGACGGGGACGAUAAAUUCCAAACUUCCAACACCGGCGAAACGACGCUGCCGAACGGCUUCACCGACGACAUAUCGGAAAUCGAUGCCGAUAUCGAUCUGCAGACGCCGCUCCCGGUGCCGAGCGUUUCGCGAAGCGAUUCUAAUCAAACCUGUCUACCGUUUGCAUGUUCGCUUCAUGCGUUUACGCUUCCGGCUUCCUGUGCCGGCCGCCUGUUCAACGAUUGCCGCCCGACGACCAACGCGCCCACGACACGGAACGACUGCAUUGCCACCCGCCAGAGCUACGGACCGUACACGCCGUCGCCCGGCCCGUACGGCAAUCUCGGACCGUCGAACAUUUCCCACACGUCCACCACGAUGCUGGUGCCGCCGUGCUCGAUGGGCACGAUCAUGAGCACCUCCCAGCCGCCCGGGUAUCUCGGCGGGCCCAUCAACAUCAUGCCGUCACAGCUGGGCUCCAGCAUAGGUACGAUAAGGACGCCACUGGCAGCCAUGACGACCCUGCCGAGGCCACACCAGCCAUCGCAACAGCUUCCGCCCGGCUUCCUCGGCGGCUCGGUAAUUGGCACGCAAACGUUACGCCGCCUGUCGAGCGAUCACGAUGGGAACACACCCCGCAGCCUCAGUAGAGGGGCGACCAACGCGCAGUACUACUACGGAUGACAUCCGGUUCCUUCGCAGCCGGCGCUUAUCGCCACGUCUGGUCCGCCAGGAACCGGCACGGGGCAGAGCCACGGCGUCGCGCAGCAGCAGCAGCAUCAGCAGCAACACCCGUCCCAGCAGUUGUCAUCCGCCUCCUCAAUCUGCUCCUCCUCCUCGACCCAUCCGGGACAGCAGCAGCAGCAGCAGCAGCAUCAUCAGCAACCACCACCACCACACCCGCAAUCCAUCCUAAAAAACAAGGAACCAACGAUCAGUGAACUGGAGGACACCAUCGUCAUGUGUCCACCGAAUCGAACGUACUGUUUCUAGAACUACAGCAUAAUCCUGCUAAGGAAGCAUCACACCACCACCACCACCACCACUACCACCGCCGCCGCCGCAGCCCGACUUCCGCUCCACCGUCCGCAGGUCGGUGGGGCGAGCGCUCUGGACAAAGAUCUGGUGUAUCUGUGAGACAAGUUUGCGAAAGCUAAUUAAACUUCGUUCGCUCGCACCAACCAAGCAAGCACACAAAACCAAGCAAGCAGACCAAAAAAAAAAAAAACGGCAAAACCUUCUUGACCGGCGGCACACGUUUCGAGCGCAAAUGAAAUGUGUCGCGCACGACCGGAACAUUGCCGGGCUAAUCCGUGGACGGGCACGGCAAAACACAGUCCGCCACUGCCAACACAAUCUAACGAGUGAGACAUUGCUAGGUGGUUGGCGCGGGGCAUGAUCCUGCAGGGGAUGACGCUUAGCAUUUGCGAGCAACCGUCAACAACCGGGAGCUUAUCGUUUGUCCAAAACAAGACUGGUGUGUGUGUGUGUGUGUGUGUUUGCAUCAUGAGAUGUGACGGGUCAUUGCGUACCUGCGCGAAAAGCGGGCAUGGCGCCCGGCGUGAAGAAAGCAUCAUCAGAACCGCGCGGACUUUGGAAGCUGUACCGUGAGGAUGCUUUAGUGGGAUAAGCUGCAGGUGUGUGUGUGUGCGCGCGUGUGUGUCUGUUUUUUUGUCUCACAGGUUGGGUUAUGGCAGAGGGGUGACCUCCCACUAGAGUAGGUUAAAGAUGGUACAGCACAACAUGCUACUGCCGAGCCCGCGCCAUGCGUUACAGUGUGCGGUGGUGCAGUUUUGUUGUAUUAUCAUUGUUCGAAUUUUAUCGUAAGCCAAACUGUAACUAAAAGGAAAAAAACUCUAGUUCGUAGGACGUAAUUAGCACGAAUGAAACAAACCAUCCAGUGGACGGUGUGAGGCGAUGAGCGAAAGGAAAUGUAUUAAACUAGAUCUUACAAACCACUAAUGGAAAAUGGUGCGAUGGUCAGCAUGCCAAAUGGUGGCCCAUGGUGCAUCAAGCAGAAGGCAAUAAUUGAAACCCGUUUUAAGUGACCAGUGACCCAGGCGCACGUGUGCACGUACAACGUGUACGCGUUUGUGUGUGAGUAUGCGUGUAAGGAAAACAAUCGUUUGUGUGCAAUUUGAAAUUGUUAAUUACAAUCUAAUAAGCGACGACAGGGUUCGACAGCGGCAAGGAAGCCAAGUGGAACGAUGUCGAUGGCACUUCGUCAGCAAACAAGCCGUUGUGUGUUGCCCGUUUGCUGCACGAAUCUUAAGGACAGAACUGUAUAAAUGUUGCGACUAUUGGUGGGUGUAUUUAUGUAUGAUAAGUAAAUCAAGUAAUGAUGCGAAGCGUGCCGGAGUGUAGGAGUUGUAGUUCAAAUUUGUAGGAAAAUUCAUCGAGCUCGCUCACUCGCAGCCAAUGGUUGGUGGUUUGCUUGUGGACACCGUCGGUGAGGUAAUUCAGGAAACGUUUACCAAGAGAUUUGUUUUUGAAACCCUUAUUUUUGCUGAAAAACUAUGACACCUUUGGCACACAUACACACACUCACAUUCUGUAAGGUAAGUGUAACAGAUAGGUUGACAUCACAGGUAGCAUCAAAUCAUCAUUAGUGUAAUCUGUACCGCGUGAUCAACCAAAAAAAGCUCCCAUCAGUCCAGUCCACUGCAACUGUGUUGAGACAACUGCUACCAGCACUGCUACCGAUUGGACCAUGGCUGAGCGGUACACAGUGUUGGGAGCAUCGUUGCGGUACACAUGCCAAACUCAUUCUUGCCAUCCAACCUGCCAAAAGUGAAUCCCGAAACGACUCGUCUGACAGCUGUCUGUCACGCAAAAAACCGAACCGGUACGCCCUCGUUGCAAUGCUGAUCCAGCAAAUGGAUCCAUUUCGAAAUGGUAAUCAGGGUAAAACAAAAUGAAAACCACGCAAACGGCGCGAUGGGAAACGCGUUUUGCUCAUAACAACAAACUUCAAGCGAAAGGCUUCACUUUCUCGCGUGAAACAUGCAAAUUGGAUAGCAAAACCUCUCAUACUGGGGAAAACGUUUUUAAAGUGGACCCAUUUUCGUUUCCUUUUAUGACAGUAUACACAAAUUUUACGUUCUAAAAGGAUUGAUAGCAAAUGAGUGGCGCUUGAGCAGUAAGUUCGAAACCGUUUCCCUUUGCCAAAGAUGAGGUAUCAAAAUUAUUACACAAGAACGUUUGGCGUAAGCACAAAUGGCAGAGAUUUCGAAGGAGCUGGUUGUACUGUCGAGCAUAACGUGCCGUGAAUAGCCUGUCUGUAUGUAUUUUCCUGUAAACUAUAGUUCGGAUUUGCGAAUACAAAGCUGGUGGGAAGAUAGGAACGUAAAUUUAAAUUUAAAAAUGAAUAGAGAAAAAAACAAAUCUUAGGAAAACAUUUGCAAGUAAGAGCAAAU